AAUGAGCUGCAUUGUGAUGAAAAAUUUGAGUCAAGUGAUCCUGGGGAAGAAUCAGGACCUGAAAGUGAUCUUGAGGAUGAAUUUAUUUAUGAAACAGAGACAGACGAAGCAGAAGGACCGUUAACCAGUGUCAUGGACUCAGAUACAGAGUACCAGAAAACAUAUAAAAGGGUACUGAACAAGGAUUCCAAUCUAAGAACAGAGCCAAAAUUUAUAGUUUUCCUUACUCAGCUAUUGCAUCUAUUUAAAUUCUGUUCAACUUGCAAAUCAGAUGAUGUGCUAGUAAAUGUUGUGGAAGUUGGUACAAUGGCCCAAGUAAAAGUAACUUGUUCAAACUUGAAAUGUGGCAAAAAGGAUACUACAUGGAAUAGCCAACCCCCUAUGACUGGGACUUCAAUUCCAGCAGGAAAUUUGUUGUUGUCCUUUGGCAUACUUACUUCUGGAACUUCUGCAACCAAGGUUACCAGGGCAUUGAAGCACAUGGGCUUAUCAUGUAUUUCAUUGAGGACAUACUUCCUUCACCAACGUGAAAAAUUAUAUCCUGCAUUGCUUAUCUACUGGAGAGAAUACCAAGCAAAAAUAAUGGAGGAACUAAAGGCCUGCCAAAAUUCUUUGACAAUUGCUGGGGAUGGAAGGCAUGACUCAAUGGGACAUAGUGCAAAGUACUGUGCAUAUACAACAUUUUGCUGCACUGUACCAAAAAUUAUUGACUUUUCUCUUGUACAGAGAAAUGAAGUUGGAAACAGUACUGGCAUGGAGUUUGAGGGUUUCCAGAGAUCAAUGGACUUCCUUGAAUCCCAAAACAUCCCUAUUUCCACCUUGAUUACAGACAGACACUCAAAAAUCGCCAAACAUAUGAGAGAAAAACGUCCCAACAUUACUCACUACUUUGACCUUUGGCACUUGACAAAAAAAGUGACUAAAGUAUUGGCAAAAAUUGCUAAAUAUGCUGGAUGUGAGUCAAUUCUCGAAUGGAUCAAACCAUGCUGUAAUCAUUUAUAUUGGAGCGCUACAACAACACUUUCUGGCAAUGGCAAAGUUAUUGUGGCAAAGUUCAAAUCUUUUCUUGGUCACGUAAAGAACAAACACAGCGGGUUCUCUGAUCCUCUCUUUGAUAAAUAUUCUGUGGCAUACAACAAGAUGUAUGGCCUUAACCAAGCCCAGGUUGUUGCAGGAAUUAUGAAAGCUUCCCCAUUGUCUCAAACUAGUUCAUUAGAAGGGUUUCACUCUGUUGUCAACCAGUUCUCACCCAAAAUGAUCAGCUACUCUUUCCCUGGAAUGUUUUGUAGGCAUGUCCUUGCUGUGGUGCAUUUCAAUAGUAAUUUAGAUCGAGAGAAUUGUGAAAAGAAUGGUACUACCCAAGUUAAAGUUCAUUACCCAAAAUUCAAAAACGGUGAAGCUGUUGUUCGAAAUGUAAAAGUUGCUCAGAAUUUUGAAUAUAUUGAAGAUAUAUAUCAAGUGAUGCUCUCUGCAAUUCAAGAAGACAAGCUGGACAAAGCCAGAAAUGAUAUCAAACAGAUGACACCUUUGCCAAUGAAUACCAUGCUGGAAAAACAAUCUAAAGUUGAUGCUAUUUUGAAAAAGGCAAGACGACAAAGUAUGACAACAUUGAAUGUUCCACCAACUAAUCCAGUUGAGGAGGUUGUGACAACUCCAGAAAAUUCUCGUCCAAAAAAGAGAGCAAAACCUCGUUGCAGUCUGUGCAAAAAUCAUAUGGAUGGACACAAAAAUGUAACAAACUGCCCAAGAAAUAAAACACAAAGCAAUAGUACAUAG